AUGCGUCGGCACCGGGGCCAGCCCGACCUCUGUCCCGAAGGAGAGCUUCGACCCCGCCGCGGGCUCCGGGCCCGUUCCCAGGUGCAAAACCAGGCUGGAAAGGGGUGGAGGAAAGCUGAGGAUUUGCAGCGCCGGAGCCCUCGGAAGCGGCUCCGGGGGAGAGCCCGGAGGAGCCGCCGGCCCAUUCGGAAGCUCCGCAGGAAGCAGCGGAUUCGCCGGAGAGGAAAACCGAGGGCCAAGAGGCCAAAGAGGAGGAAGAAGAGGAGGAGGAAGAGGAGGAGGAGGAAGCAGCCGUGGGCCAGGCGGCACCGGCCGCGUGCGGCGAGCAGGAGGAAGAGGAGGAGGAAGAGGAAGAGGAGGAUUCGCCAGGAGCUGCCGAGCAGCAGGAGUAACUCGGCAAACGCCUGCGUGAAGGUGACCGUUUAA